AUGACAAUCCGGAACAGCCGGCUCUGCGCCAUCAACUCCCUCAAGUUCGCGCAAAGAGGUGCUUUUAUCGUCCCGCAAAAUACCUACAAGCCUGACGUGACCACCAAGUUACAUCAUCCCCCAUACAAAACAUACAAAACCCCGAAUAAGACAAAAUAUAACAUACGCUCCCCAUCAAAACCAAAUCCCUCAUCAAUAAGCGUCAACCAUGCCAUCAACCAAACCACCCUCCCAAUCCAAAUCAACCCUCACAAAAAGAGCAAAACGCUACCGCCUCCUCUCAACCCUCCUGUCCCUUCUAGACAGAUCCAUCUCAACGCCCCUCCCGAUAAAGCCAACUUCAAAGAUAACAAUCCCAACAACAAUAAGCAAAAAGCCCGGCACAAUAGACCUAUACAUCUACACCACCCCCCAAGUCCACUCACCAAAACCAAUCCCCAACCCCAACCACAGCCCUCAAAUCAACCCAAACCCCCAAGACCAGUCCUCCUAACCUUCCACGGUGGCGGGUUCACAAUCGGCCAUGCAAAAGAUGACGCGCGCUGGUGCAGUACAAUCCUAAAAGCAAUCCCGGAAGCAAUAUCAAUAAGCAUCAACUACCGCCUCGCACCGGAACAUCCUUUCCCGACAGCGCUGGAUGAUAGCGUUGAUGCUAUACUCUGGCUGUGGAAACAUGCCGAGGAAUAUAAUCUCGAUCAGUCGCGUUUCGUGCUUAGUGGUGCUAGUGCGGGUGGGAAUCUUGUUUUGGGGGUUCCGUUUCGGUUGGGGGAUGAACUGCGGAAAAGGAAGGGGCGGGAGGGUGACGAGGAUGGGGAUGGUGGUGAGGGUACAGAUGGCCAGGGUGGCAUUAGAUUUGCUGGGAUAGUGGCAUUCUACCCACCUGUUGCUUGGACGAAGAGUAGAGAGGAGCGUGAUUCCAGCAAUCCCAUUGCACGGAAGAAAUCUAUGAUUUCGCCGGGUGUUUUUAGGUUGUUUGAUGAGUCUUAUUUGGGGUGUGGGGAUUUGCCUAGGAAGCCUGUUUCUACUAUUUCUCCUUCUGCUGUCGGUGUGGAGAUGAGUGUUGGUGAGGUGGAUAUGGCACAUCCAUAUUUAUCCCCUGGUCUUGCACCGGAUCAGUUGAUACAGACUGUUUAUCCUCCAAAGGUGGCUAUCUAUACUUGUGGCUGGGAUCCGUUGCUUGUUGAAGGGGAGACAUUCCGGGAGAGACUGCUUGGGUUUGUGAGAGAUGGUUUCAUGGAGAGCGUAGGUGGGUUUAUGGUUGAGGGUGUUGUUCAUGGGUUUGAUAAGAGGCCUUCGUUUUGGAGGAGGGAUGAGGUGAGGGUGAAGAUGUAUGGGGAUGCGGUCAGGGAGGUGAAGGGCAUGUGGGAUAUUUAG